AUGUCUCAAUUAGGCGGAGAAUUAAUAAAAGUAGUGAAUGAACUUCAGGACAAACUCAAUCCAUUAGGCAUUGAAAACUCUAUCAUAGAUUUGCCACAAAUCGCAGUCAUCGGCGGUCAGUCAUCGGGAAAGUCGAGUGUAUUGGAGAGUAUAGUCGGCAAAGACUUUUUACCCCGAGGUUCAGGUAUUGUCACCCGAAGACCACUUGUACUCCAAUUGAUUAAUGAUUCAGAUAUCGAUAGAUCUUUUGGAGAGUUUCUUCAUUCCCCGGGAAAACGGUUUUACGAUUUCAAUGAUAUUAGAGAUGAAAUCACUGCUGAAACUGAUAGAGAAGUUCCCGAAAGUAAAGGGAUUUCUGCGAAACCAAUAAAUCUGAAGAUCUAUUCCCCGGAUGUAUUGGACCUAACAUUAGUUGAUUUGCCGGGAAUGACAAGAGUGGCCGUUGGGAACCAACCCAAGGAUAUCGAGAAAUUGAUUGAGAAUAUGAUUCUGGAGUACAUUUCAAAAGAUAAUUGUCUCAUAUUAGCCGUCACUGCUGCCAAUCAAGAUUUAGCCACUUCUGAUGCACUCAAAUUGGCUAAAGAAGUGGAUCCAUCGGGUGAGCGCACUAUCGGUGUGUUAACCAAAUUAGAUCUCAUGGACGCCGGGACUAACGCCAGAGAUAUACUCAAUGGGAGGCAUGAAAUUCAUUUAAAAAGAGAUUUCAUUGGAGUUAUCAAUCGGUCCCAGAAGGACAUCGACGACAAUAAAGACAUCAGAAAAGCUCUUUCAGAUGAACGCAGGUUUUUCAUGGAGCACCCGGCUUAUGGACCAGACAUGGCCGACAAAAUGGGAAUCAGAUACCUUCAGGAGUACUUACAGACAGAGUUGUCAAAUCAUAUCUUCAAACGAUUGCCGCCAUUAAAGCCUAAAAUACAGAAUAAAUUAGAGGAACUCAACAAGAAAUUAGAGACAAUUGAGUUCCCAUUAGAAGAUUCAGACAAAGAGAAGAUCUUAGCCGAGGCUUACGAGAAGAUGAGAUCUAGUUUUGAUGCCGGAGUGGGAGGAAAGGCAUGGCUGGUGUCCACCGAGAAACUGAAUGGCGGAACAAAAAUCAAUUCCUUAAUGAACGACACUUAUGCCAAAGAAGUGAAUAAAAUGUUUUACGACGACAACCGUAUCCGACGUGAGAUCGGAGUGGCCAUCAAAAAUGCUUUUGGCACCAGGAUUGGGGUGUUCGUACCCGACACCGCUUUCAUAUCUGUCGUGGCCAAUCAAAUCGAACUGUUUCGUAAGAUAUCACUCGAUUGUGUCGAUUGGGUUACGGAUGAGAUCGUGAUUAUAGUUACAGAAUGUGUGGCAGAUAUUGAACGUUAUCCUCAAUUAAGAGCUGUCUUUUCAAAGUUUGCAUUGGAUUUCGUACGCGAGUCUAAUAAGAAAUGCAAAUCAUUUGUCGAGCAUUUGGUUGAAUCGGAAAAGUCUUAUAUGAAUACCAUUAAUGAGGACUUUAUUAAAAUGAUUGGGAAUACCGCUUCGAGACCCAUACCCGACAUUCAGUCUAUAAUGUCCGAGAAAGCCUCCAAACAAAGUGCUGUCAAAAGUGAUUGGAUUAAAUACAAGAAGGAUGAGUAUUGGUUUGUAUUGAAUGACACAACCCUUUCGUGGUAUAAGAAUGAGACACAA